GGUGGGGCUUCCCUGUGGUGUGUAGAGGACUAUUAGACGCCUGCUCUUGGCCAUCCUCACCUCUCUCGCAGCCCUCGUCUAGAACAGCCAUGAUCCUGUUCUGUCUGCUGUGGAGCUGCGUUUUCGCUACCGUCCACAUGAAGCCAUUCAUUUCAUGUGAGAAAGACCACUACUCAGUGAAUGGACUCUGUUGUAAGAAGUGUUCUCCAGGAACAAAGCUGGUCGCCGAUUGCAGCAAGGACAAUGAAACCCAGUGCCAGCCUUGCCAAGAGGGCGAGUUCCAGGCUUCCUGGAACUAUGAAAAAUACUGCCACCUACACAGAUAUUGCGAUAUCAAUUUGCACCUCAAGAUUCAGAAGGAAGGCUCCUUGGAAAAGGACACCAUCUGCAUUUGCACGGAUGGUCUUCACUGCACUAGCCCAGAGUGCGAGAGCUGCAGCACCCAUAGCCCCUGCCAGCCAGGAUUCGGCGUCAAGGAGAAGGGCACAGGUACUACUGACACCCUCUGUGAAUCCUGCCAGAAAGGCUUUUUCUCCAACGUGUCCUCUGCAUCGGAAGAAUGCCAGCCCUGGACCAGCUGCAAAGACAUAGGACUGGUGGAAAUUCAGGAGGGAACGGAUAAAACUGAUGUGAUCUGCACAGAAGAUUCCAAAUCUCGAAUCGGUCUCUUGGUGCUGAUCCCCAUCAUAGUAGGAAUUUUCUUUGUUGUCAUCAGCUUGCUGCACUGGAAAUAUCUGAGUUUCAAGGAGCCGAGGAACAAGGUUCUUCAGCAAGUGUGUAUCCCAGUUCUACCCCAAGAAAGAAGGCCCGAGGAGGUUGAAGAGGAUCUCCUCCCUGUGCAGGAAACCUUAGUUCGGGGCCAGCCAGUCACCCAGGAGGAUGGCAAAGAGAGCCGCAUUUCAGAACAAGAAGGACAGUGAGAGGCCGUAGGUCUCAGGGCUUGCCAGGGCCAGAAUGGGGCCAAGCACUGAGGUUCAGGGCAUCUGGAGGUGGGGGAGGCUCCAGAGUCCUGAGGGCAGCAUUGCCAGUGGCUGUUGUUCUGGAGACAGAGGGAGGGGUGGGGAAAGGACUGGGGGGACUGCCUGCUUCCUGUCUGACCCUGGAAGUGCAUGGUGCAGAGGGUCUGGAGACUUUUUGCCUUUAUGAAUGACUUGGACAUUUGCAGGCCCCAGAGUUGCCCUCUUGGUCCUGCUGCCUUUGCAUAAGGAAGGAGGAAAAGAGAAAAUGGUCCCAUUAUCAGAGAAGGAAUUUCCACUGGCACAAUCCACCCCUGCCCCCCCAAGCCACAGAGGAGAUUCCGGGAAUAUGAAUAUACACACAUUGCCCACAAAGCACUUUUGAUCUUAAGGUUGGUCCUUCUGACCCUUUCCAUGCAGAACGGGGGAAGCUUUACUCUUUAGCAUCCACCUCAAGGCCCAGGGGUCUUCCUAGCCUACCUCUCCUCCAUCUUAGCCAUAGUGUGAGUGGCUGUUGCUGAUGCUGCUGGGUACAGUAGUGCCCUGCUCCUCACCUUCAGGGAGAACAUUAGGAUAAAAAUAUAACAUCCCAUUAUCUUCCUGCAGUGCCAGCUGAGGGGUAGACCAGACAGGAGGAGCAGAUGGAAGAAGAGCCCAGGAAAGGGAGAAGGGAGGGCAGUGAGGAAGACUGCUUUAGCCCACACUGGCUGGGGCACAAAUACAAGAAAGGCGUGGAGGUGAGGGUCAGGCCAGAGUCAGUCUGUCUCUCUAAGUGUUAUUUAUGAUCACUGAAAGGUGGGAUCAGGCUGGGCUGUGUACACAUUGCCUGGAAUGGAAUCAGGGUUGGCAUCUGUAAGUGGUUUGGAGAUUGAUUAAAUGAAACUUUGAGGUCCAGUAAGAGGUCUUGAUCUCCUAAUUGGGAAAUCUUGGUUUAUGCUCUAGGGUCUAGACCCACAUGGAGCUUAAUAAAGGAGGUGGCUCAAAGUAUGUUUACAGACCUGGAAUUACAGCCUGUGUUUAGAGAGGGAAAGUGAAAGGGAUAGGGAGUGGCGUGUAGAAGCCCCUGGGUGGGAGGAGAUGGCUGGGGGGGGGGAGGGGGAGUGCCCCUCCCCUCGGUGAAGAUCCUUAAGCAAAGCUAGGGCCACUGAUCCCACCCUGAAGUCCCUUUUCCCUCUGGGCCUUGGACUCUCUAGUGGAGGUGGUGGCUGUAAAGCAGACAGCAUCCAGAAGGUGGCACUGAGGUCACAUCCAUGUCCGUUUCUAUUCCCAAGGCCCCCACUCUGCCCUGGUCUCAUUCUCCCCAUGUUCCUUAGCAUCAUAGGCUUUAGAACUGGGAGGACCCUUAGAGAACUCCUAGUCCCAUUUCCUCUUUUGACAGUGGAGGAAACUGUCUCCAAGGAGAGGAGAAACUUGCUUAAAGUCACACAGAUAGCAGUAGCAGAGCCACUAUUUAAAACAAGGGCCUCAGACUCUUAAGUCCAGUGCUUAUUUGACUAUGGUGGGAAUUCCUUAUCUCUUGCCAUACUAUGAUUCAAUGCCCCUUUGAUCUCAACUAGCCCAUCCUUUGAAUCCACUUGAACUCAUCUCUAUCUGAAUCAGAGGAUAUGGUUUCAAAUUCCAGCUAUACCUCUUAUCAGUCUGACCUUAGGCACUCUUGGCCCCAGUUUCCUUUUCUGUAAAAUGAAGAAGUUGGAUUGGACAAUCUCUGUGGUGCCUUCCAGCUCUAAGUCCUAUGUUCCACUGAUCCUCCUUUUCCCAUAGCUUAUCCCCAUCCCACAGUCCUCUUCCUCCAACCCCUGUUUUCUUUUCUCUUCCUACCUUCCCAUUAUCCACCCCCCCCCCCCAAAUAGUUGGAGAAGUUUGGCCCAAACAGGUAUGGGAGAGGAAUGAACUGGAGUCCAUGGAGAGGGCAGUAGCUAACUUCUGAUUAUUUCCCUUCACAGACCUCAGGAAUCCUUCCCUUCUAAAAUAUGUGUCACACCUAGGCCCUCUGGCACUAUGUCUGGUUUCCUAGGGCAGCCUCUGUUAUUAAAGACUCUGCCCCCAGGGAUCUGUCUGCCCAAGCAGCUCAGACACAGAAAAUUAGGAAUUUGCUUGCUGGGGGGCAAGGUAGGGGGGAGGGAGAAAUGCAAUUUUAAUCUGAAAAAGCAAAGCUGUGUGGGGAAGGGAGUGACAUGGGGAGAAAGGCAUCUUGGGAACUUGGAUGGAGAAACCUGGAAGCAGGAGAGGGAGGGGUUGCUGAGUGAGGGCCAGUCUGGGGUUCAAACCCAGAAGGCAGACCUCCAGCCUCCCUCCUUCUGUUGGGUUAGCCGUUCAGUGGUACAGCAAGGGAGGCUCGCCCGGGUCAGAUACCACCAUCUGCUCUGGCAAUAGAUGCAGCGCUUCAGCCAAGGUCCUUGACUCCUCUGGGUUCAGAGUAAAAUCCUUUCCACUUUCCCCCCACUCAGAACAGCAGAUGGACUGGACCAUUAAUUAAGAUUGUUUAAGAGGAUAAUGGUCUUGUCCUGGUCACUCUUCUCUAUUCCCUACUCCCCCUCUACAAUACUUCCCCAGGUCACUUUCUUCAAACUCUGCCUGUCUCCCUGGCCUCUAUCAGCUGUCUACUCUCCUUGUCCAUCCCAGCCUUCCUGUUCAUCGUCCUGUAUCUCUACACAUAUUCCUCUAUUCUUAAGUUGGUACCUGUUUUUCUUCAUUGAUUGGCAUCUCUCUUCUCUCCCUCAACACUCUUGAUUUACUCUCAUGGAAGGCACUUAAUGAAUGGUGAAUGAGCAAGUCAAGUCUACAAGCAUUUAUUAAGCACCUACUAUGUGCCAGGG